UCGAGUCCAAAGCGAUCAGUUCUAUUUCAAUCACGCAUAUCCCGAAUCCUAGUCUUAAACACUAUCGUGUAUUUUAGCAAUAGUUUAUAAGAGCAACUCAACCAGAUGAAUGACAUCGAGAAAAGGAAUACUGAAGCUUCAAUUAAAUAUCGCUUUUAUCAUUUUCCAUUGAAUAGAAGUCAUCGAAUUUUAUAGUUGUAUCGAGCGUACACCACACUUGGAAGCAAAAGGGCUCCGUGAAGAGUUAAAUACCAAGUGUUGAAUUCGUGGUGCACCUUCCCAAUCCAUAUCUCAAAGAAUUUUAUACUUCAAGCAAAUGCAGCGACCCAAAAAUUUAAAAAACGUGAUAGUUCGACAAAAACCCAUCUUUAAUCACGUGAUUCAACUGUAAUCUGUGAUCUGUUUCGUUAUCAGUCGACCGUGUAUUUUCCUAGAAACAUUUACAGUUUUCGAUACAGAAGAAAAUGGCUCUGACAAUAAUUGAGGUGAAGUUUAUAUCGAUGUUGACAAUCGGUGUGACAAGUUUCAUCGUUGGACUAAUCCCAGGAUGUUUAUUCAAUCGAGGAAGAGCACUGCAGACGAGACUGUACUUAUCAGCGCUCCUGUGUUUCGGUGGCGGAGUGCUUCUAGCUACAUCAAUGCUCCACAUGUUACCAGAAACAAAAGAAGAUUUGCCAGACUACGGGGAACUUGUAUUCUGUUGCGGAUUUCUACUUCUUUAUCUUGUUGAUGAGAUUGCACAUUAUUUUCUUAUGAAGGGCGAUGGAUCAGGACAUAGUCAUGGACAUGAUGACUAUUCCCACAAUUAUGCACCAACGCGCCGCGCCUCUUAUCAAAACUGCAAUGACGGGUUCCUUCAUCGGAAUCCAGAAUUUGAGCCAAAUGUGCUCAGUGCUCACAGUAAUUUUUUCACGAGGAAGAAGAAUACUUAUCAAUAUGGCGCACUUUCUACUGCGCCUCAGCCCCUUGAUGAAGAAGAGUCCUUUUUGUGUCAUGGACCACACGUGGAGCCUUGUGCCAAUUCCAGUACAUCUCACAUUGCACUUGCGCUAGCUCUAACCAUUCAUUCGAUAUUGGAGGGACUUGCCAUUGGUUUACAGAAGCAAGUCGAUGAAGUUUUUCUGCUAAUAGGAGCUGUAGUAUCACAUAAACUGGUGAUGGCUUUCUGUUUGGGCCUGGAGCUUGCAGAAUCUGCAAGUACAGUUUGCAGAUACAUUUCUGCGAUGUUAUUCUUCUCCGGAGGUUCAUCUUUAGGAAUUGGUCUGGGGAUGUUGGCGUUCAAUCUAGAAACAGCGUCAGGAAAAAUCAUUUUGUCAGUUUUACAAGGACUGGCUGGUGGAACUCUCCUCUAUGUAACAGUGAGUGAAGUUUUACCCCGAGAGAGAGCACGAUGGCAUAACAGUCCGAGACGCUCAUCUGGUCUCGUCCAGUUCUUCUCAGCGGCCUUUGGCUUCGUUGGGAUAUUCUUCAUUAAUAGAUACUUAGUCGACAGCAGUUCCCUGCAUAAGCGGUGCGGCAAGAGGGACAGUUGAGAGCCAAUUGAAGUACCCUCCAGCCUCAACUAGGAGCACACUUUUAUUCGGUAGCUCAGACAGCCGAGAAGCUACCACACAUCCCGCAGUGCCUGCACCAACUGCAUUUUCAUAUAACCGAAACCGAGAACAGUGCAAUGAAAAUAUAGAUCAAAAAUGUGUGGCG